CAUUGCCAUACCUUAUUUUUAGGUCGUGCUCCGCCACUGGGGAGGGAGGUGGUGGGGAAUGGCGGCGGCGACGCUCCGGUGGGUGCUGCAGCUGCACCGGGACGUACCGCGGGCAGCACGGUUCUACUCGGAGGGUCUCGACUUCAGUGUAAACGUCUGCACGCUCCGCUGGGCCGAGCUGCAGUCGGGGCCGCUCAAGCUCGCACUCAUGCACACCAACGACAGUAAUCUUGCAUCGCAGAGAGUCUAUUCUUCAAUGCUCUCCUUCACUGUACCUGACAUAAACAGUGCCGUAUCGAAGCUAAUGGCAUUGGGAGCCGAGUUGGAUGGGCCAAUCAAGUAUGAGAUCCAUGGAAAAGUUGCAGCACUGCGAUGCAUCGAUGGGCACAUGCUAGGCCUGUACGAGCCAGCUUGAAGAACGCGUGUCACAACGAAAGUAUUGAGAAGUUCCAUUAACCACUCACUGAAGACUGAUGUGUAUGUCCGGCAAAAGAUCUUUCCGCGUAAGACAACUUACUGGGUCUGGUGUGCAUGAAGCGGCAGAACUCCUUUUGUUAGCAAAAUCACGAGAGACACGGUGGAUGGUUUGCAGUCUACCAUUCUCUUCCUCGUGCUGCUGGUUAUGAUGCACAUUUUUCUCGAACUGAAUGUGCCUAGCAGGUCGUCGUGGUAAGCUGAAGCCAGGUUUCAGUGGUCCUGCUCGGUCAUGGCCUUGCUUCAUGGCAUUGUGCCAGUACAUCUAAUUCAAGUUUCAGUUGUAGUUUGACUGACAUUACAUGUGUGCGUAGUUUCAAUUUGCAAUUCAAGUGCAGGAGUGCUCUGCCCCUGAUCAUCCAUGUAAUUGAAAUUCUUCUGUAAGCAUUUGUUCUGACAGUAUAAUUGUGGACCAUAAAGUUGCUGUUAA